GUAAUGAGUAAAUUCCGAGCACAGAUAAUGGCAAAUGAGUAUAUUCAAGAAGAGGGGAAGUAGAAUCCGACUGCAGAAUAGUUAUUCUGCCACUCGGUGAGCGACCGGUCGCGGUGCCUGAGGCCACCAACGUGCCAAUCAGACCGUUUCCGCCCGGCAGAUUGGCCGCGCUUAGCGCAUUAUCCCCUCCAAAAUUUUACCAGUGAGGAGGCAUACAGGUUCAUCCUAUAUCGAUUAGGUCGAAUUACGUCGCAUACCACACAAGAACCGGGAUUUACGAAGACAAAAUGUCCCCCGCUGUGACUCCCGACCAGGACUACAAGUCUAGUCUGUUGAACUUGCUCGUGGCCAACAAUGCCCUCACAUUUGGCACUUACACUUUGAAAUCUGGUCGUGAAUCUCCAUACUUCCUGACGUCCAGUCGACUGCACACUGCUCCCCUGUUGCGCCAGACUUCGGCCUCGUUUGCCAAUGUUAUUUCAUUGCCACCGUUCGCAUCGGUAGCUGCUGACGGAGCCAUCACGCCAAACUUUGAUAUCAUUUUCGGCCCUGCUUACAAGGGUAUUCCAGAAUGUGUAGGUGUAGUCAAUGAACUCGCUGUCCGGGAUGCGCUCGCCGGUACAUCGACGUGGGACAACAUCAGCUACUCAUUCAACCGGAAAGAAGCCAAAGACCACGGCGAGGGAGGCAACAUUGUUGGUGCACCGCUCAAGGGCAAACGCGUGCUUAUAGUCGACGAUGUGAUCACCGCAGGAACUGCGUUGCGCGAAGCUGUCGAGAUAAUUAAGAAAGAAGGCGGCAAAGUUGCUGGCGUUGUCUUGCUCUUCGAUCGCCAAGAACGCGUCAGUGAUACAGAGCGGAAGAGUGCUAUAGGUGCUGCUGAGAGGGAUCUUGGUGGGGAUAUCCCUAUUCGCGCAGUGCUAGUGUUCCAAGAUCUGAUUGAGAAGUUGGGCGAUAAAAUUGGUGAGCAUGAAGUACGCAGACUGGAAGAAUAUCGGGCCAAGUACCAAGCCGAAUAGAGAGAUCAUGACAUUUAUAGAUACCUACGAUGUGCUGGUUGAAAUUGGGAAUGGAAAUUUGUAUUUGAAGAUAUAAAGUAAUUGCAGGCAUAUCUGGCUGUAAAUCGAGUGCCGUACUAGUUUCGUGUAAAUAGUUUAGCAGAUAUUAUUCCCCAUAUCAUUGAUAACAUUUUUAUUAUCAUAACA